AUGUCCCACCCGCGGGUAGAAGAGGUCUCCGACAGCGACGUCGACAUGUCCGACCCGUCAGAGGGCGACAUCGACGACUUUGUCGAAUCGGACAUCAUGCGGCGAGUCCACGACAGCAAAAAGCCACCAUCACAACCACCCCAACCGCAGUCUUUCUCCAGACCAUUACCAUCCGUGGCCCAAGGAGGACUCCCACAGGUCCAAAUGCGCACCACCACCGACGAGAAAGCCUACAAGUCGUACCAGUGCCUCUACCCAGUCUACUUCGACGCCACACGCACGCGCGCCGAGGGCCGGCGCGUGCCACGCUCGCUCGCCGUCGCCAACCCGCUCGCCAUCGACAUCGUGCAAGCGUGUGCCCAGCUGCGUCUGCAGACCGUGCUCGAGGCCGGCAAGCUGCACCCCAAGGACUGGGCCAACCCGGGCCGCGUCAAGGUCAACCUCCGCGGCGACAACCAACCAGGGUCGGGAUCACAACUGGUGAAAAACAAACACCACCUGUACGUCCUCGUCGCAAAGCACCUCCGCGCCAACCCGACGACAGACGACUCGCCCGCGCUGCGCAUGCGGGUGGGCGGGGCGCCGCCGCCGCCGCAGGUGGAGCCGGGCAAGCCGUGGCCGCGGCCGGCAGUGCCGCGCGGGUGGAAGAUGGGCGAGCUGCUGCCGUACUACAGCCCCGCCAUGACGGGCGGCGGGGUGAGCGAGAAUUUCCUGAAGGACAUGAUGAAGGAGAUGCAGGCGGCGGGCGGCGGGGCGGGAGGGAUGCCGGACAUGGCGAGUCUGCUGGCGGCUGCUGGAGCGGGUGGUGGUAGUGGUGCGGCGGGAGGGGCUGGGGGAGGCGGGGGGAAGAAGGAGAAGAAGGGGAAGGGGAAGUAA